UAACACACGGCCAUCGGGGUGGUAGUUAAUGUUACCCUCGACCAACCCCACCACCCCCACGACGUCAUCAAAACAUCGAAAGGUUUAGUACUUCUCUUAUCGUUCAUCGUCGUGCAGUCUACCGUAGUGCGCGGAUACGUUCGGAGUUGAUCAGCCGUUGUUACGAGAAGUGUGUGGGUGCCACCAAAGGGAUUCUAAAGUAUCCAUUUGUGACCACCAUGGCUUUUCGGGCAGGCCUGACCAGUUUUCGUAGCAGAAGUAUCGAGAAAGAUGAGUCCGAGCUACGUUCGCCAGAUUUAGCACCGUACGAUGCCAACUACGAUGAGUUUGGACCGCGUUAUGCGGACCUUCCGAUGGAGAUUCUGAUAAAGAUGUUUUCUUACCUUACUCCAUCGGAUCGACGCGAGGCGGGCCUAACCUGUCGCCGUUGGUGCGAGGCCGCCCACCAUACGGUAUUUCUGGACGGUUUCUGGCUUGUACUGCAGCGCAUCCAGUUCGACGUCAAUGAACUCCCAGUACAACUUCUUCUCGACAGCUUCCGCCACUUCCCGAACAUCGAGCUACGGGAAGUUGAUUUCGAGCGGCUCGGCAACUUCUUCCAACAGUUCGGGCCACUCAUCCGGCGAAUCACAUUCGAUACGUGCGACCUGCAGGAGCGCACACUGUUUGCCAUCCUCAGCCACCUGUCCGGACUGAGGUCGCUCACGAUACGAUCUUGUCGGGAUCUGUUUAUGUGUGUACUGUUGUUCGAGAAUCCUACCGAACGGGUGGCCCUUCGUCAAACAUUGUCCAGCGUGACGGAGUUGUCCCUCGCAAACAUUCAGUAUCUCUCCGACGCGAUCCUGCACCGGCUGGUGGAAAUCAUGCCUUCGUUGUGUUCACUCGGGCUCGCCGGAUGCAACGUGUCCUUUCAUCCCGGGCUGUACCGGAAAUUCUACCCCGGAGAUCGUAAGCAACCGUCGGAGAGUGUGCUAACCUUUCAGUACAUCUCGCAGGUGAUCGGCGAGCGGAAGGCGUUCAUUCGGACGCUCGAUUUUAGUCACACUCUGGUGGACGAUAAUGCGCUGGAGGUGCUGGCCGCCAUGGCGCCAGAGCUUCAGCUCGAGCGGCUCGAGCUCGAACGCUGCGAGCAACUUUCCGGUCGAGGAUUGAGAACACUGCUUCGAACGCAAGCGAACCAUCUGCAGCAUCUCAACCUUUCGCGCUCGUACCGGGUGACCGACUCCUGCCUGGUGCAGAUUUGUCAGGAACUCCCGGAGCUGCGUGUACUCAAGAUGCGCGAAUGUCGUGCGAUCAGCAACCAGGGCGUGCGGCAGCUAUCGCAACUAACCCAGCUCGAAGUGCUCGACAUUUCGUACUGUAAGGCCAUCAAUGGUGAAGGAAUCGUCGAUGGAAUCGCCUCCAAGAAGAAUGAUGUUCUGAGGGAGCUGUACAUCGGUGGGUUGGAUUUGUCCGAGCGGUCGAUCAUUGCCAUUACAGAGACCUUGGGAGAGUUGCGUGUGCUCGAUCUUGGCUACUGCUUCCAUGCCAUGUCCGACCUCUGUGUGCAGUUCAUUUGCCGCAAUUUGGUUCGCCUGACGCACCUGACACUAGAUGGCUGCAGGAAGGUGUCGGACGGUGGCCUGACUGGGCUGGGUAUGCUCGGGCAGGUGCAGCACCAUAUGCAGGCAGCUACUGAGGAUCCUUCAACGGAAGGAAAUGGAACCCAAAAUGCACAGCAAGAGGCUGCUGCUCCCGAAGCAGAAGAAGCUCAACCAGAGCCCACCGUUCCACCAGUUCAACCUUUCCGCAUCUCGCUGCGAAGCCGGGCUGAGCAGGAAAUUGUGAAAGAUGCCGAAAGAAAGCGCCAACUCAUGGAAGCGAUGCAGCAGAAGGAAAGCAUGUCGCAGCAGGCGUCUUCAUCGACUGCUGCGUUCAGUGGCUACUCGAUCGAACGACUCCAGCAGCUUCGUGUGCUCAACCUAGCCGGCUGCAAUAGCCUGACCGACGUGUCGCUCCUGUUCAACUUCCGGCUCGUUGAGCUCCGCAAACUAUCGCUCGCCGCCUGCAAACAGUUCACGCACGAAGGUGUCCACGCACUGGUGCGGGGUUGUCCCGCCAUCGAGGAGUUGGAUCUGAGCGAGUGCUACAACAUCAAGGACGAAGCCGUACGCCAGAUCGUGAUCCAUCUGCGCCGACUGCGGGUACUCAGCCUACGUGGCUGCUACCAGCUGACCGACUACAGCCUCGACUACAUCGCGUGCCAUUGCCACCGGCUGCGGGUGUUGGACGUUCGCGGUUGUAAGCAGAUGGACGGUGAGCCGGCCCGUCGGCUCGUGAACCUGAAGCAGCUCACCACGAUCCGACCGGACAAGGCGGUGGACGACAUGGAUUCUCGGUCUGCCUACGGAACGGUGAUGAUGCCGCCAGGUGUACCACCGCCUCCGGGAGUGCUGCUGGCGAUGCGUCUUUAACAGGACUUGGCUGUGGCUGAUGCUGCUGCUGGUGUUCGACACCGGUUGCUUGCUGCUGAUGGCUUUGAUGCUGAGUUAGAAUCUUGACACUACAACGCAACACUUGCAGACCUUUAAUCGGGCUUCGUACCUCAAUUGACAGAACGAUCAAGUCGUCAAUAUAACGGAAGAGAGUUGUUCAGUUUACAAUCGUUGCCACCUAUCUUUUCCUCUAACCAACCCAUAAUUGGAAUGGCUGGCAAAUCAGGGCUGUAUGUGAUGGAAGUACCGACCAAUUAUAAACCACAACUUAAGGUACUAUUUUGAAAUGACUACAAGCAGCUGUUACUAAACUACUGUUAACAUGUAUGUACAUGUAAUAAAAUUGUUAACAUAUUUUAAUUAGCAAUAAAAAUCAUG